GUAAAAUGUCAGCAAGUUUGGAGAUUUUUCUUAAGAAGACUAAUUGAGCACAUAGGGGUUAUAACUAGCAAAGACUGUGGGCACAAAAAUGGAUACAAACUAAAAGUUCAUUACAGGAGCUUUAAUGUAAUUGAAAACAUUACUUGAAGACACAUUCACACAAGUAUCUUAAUUAUAGUUCUUUUAAAAUAAAGUAGCAUCAUACUUAAGUAUCAUAAGGACAGAAGGAAAACAUCACGUCAUACAGCUUACAUACAAGAAUUGCAGUUAAACACCUCGAUAAUAAACAAACAAGUACAACAAGCAGAAACAAGGUGCAUUCACUGCUCAAAAGGAUUUUGAAAUAAUGACAAAUGUACAAAUUUAUGGGCAGAAACGGAUGAAAAUUUCAUGAGCAGUAGAUGCUAAUGCCAAGUACAUUAUGGACAUGACAGUCAUAUGCAGUUAUAGAUGUGAAUUUAUACACACAAUAAAACACUUUUUUUUCUGGUACAUUUACUUACAUUUAAUCAGUAAUGAUGAGACUCUAAUACGUUUAUCCAUUCAAGUUUUCAAAAGCUGACUCCAAGUGUUGCAGAUUAAACAUCCAGUGUAUAUUUACUAUCCUGUAGCUAUGCAAAUGUCUAUAAAAAUUGGUCCUGCCCUGUUGCAACAGGUCAUAAAUGUUUAGUCCUUGCCUGUGAAAUCAGUUAUGACAGUAUGCAGGAGUUCUGCAGAUGUAAAUAUCUGUUAAUCAUUUGAAUGAUCCAAUAAUUUGAUCUUGAUGGCCAUGUUACACAAAUCUUGAUAUUUUUAAACUUUUACAAAGUCGAAACUGGUGAUAAAAAGUUACCCUUGUAAGAUGAAAAUAUCUGCUACGGUUUACCUUAAAGGAAAAACACACCGGUCGACCUUAAACUUUAUAAUUUAGGGGGGCUCGCUCAAGUUCUAUGGAUGACGUCCGUGUCACUGAUUGGCUGUUCCUCCUCGGUAUCCAAAUGAGAGGGUUGGGCUGGUGGAAACGAGUAGAUGACGUCAGUUCCCCUGUUCACAGUGAGCGAAACAAACAUGGCGAUAGACUCGAAUGGAAGGAGCUUCACACUAACUUUAUUUGUCUUUUCUUGCGUUUUUGCGGGCAGAGAGGCCGAGGCGGCGGCUACGGAGGCGAGGAUCCCCCCUCGGAUACUCGGCUUUAGGUUAGAGAAGAGCGAGACACCGGCAGCGACCAGCGAGAGAGGGGUAGUUCAGGUGACCGAGGGCAGCGACACCCUCUUCAGGUUCUACGGGCUCCACUUGUCCCCGGACACCUCGAAGAUUCUCGGCUUCACGGAACUUUACACGAGUGAUAAAGAGGAUGAUGAUUUCGGUGCCAUCUUGGUCCCUUAUAACAGAACUUGUCCGGACAUCUCGAAGGAUAUAGCAGUGAAGGGGUCCAUGGAUGUACGGAACCAGAACACCUCCGGAGUGGUCAACCUCCAGAUCAAACAGCUCCGGAAGAGCGAAGUGGUCAAGGUGUUCGGUUUGUGCAUCCAGGACCCCCAGGAUAAGGAGUGGUACAUGCUGGACGACAAAGACGGUAGACUCCGUGUGGUGGAGCAGAAGAAGUCCCUGAUGCCUUUAUGGCUACAGGUGAUCAUCGUCUCCUUCCUGCUCGUGCUGUCCGGGAUGUUCAGCGGACUCAACCUGGGUCUGAUGGCGCUGGACCCGAUGGAGCUCCGCAUCGUGCAGAGCUGCGGCACCGAGAAGGAGAAGAAAUACGCUCGGAAGAUCGAGCCCAUCCGGAGGAAAGGGAAUUACCUGCUGUGCUCGCUGCUUUUAGGUAAUGUCCUAGUCAACACCACCCUCACCAUCCUCCUGGACGACCUGAUCGGGUCCGGGCUGGGCGCCGUGGUCGCCUCCACAGUGGGAAUCGUUAUUUUUGGGGAGAUCGUCCCACAGGCUCUAUGCUCCAGACACGGCCUGGCUGUUGGCGCAAACACCAUCCUCGUCACAAAGUUGUUCAUGUUGUUGACUUUCCCUCUAUCGUGGCCCAUCAGUAAGCUCCUGGACUGCGUGCUGGGUCAGGAGAUCGGCACCGUGUACAACCGGGAGAAGCUGGUGGAGAUGCUGAAAGUCACCGAGCCUUACAACGACCUGGUGAAGGAGGAGCUCAACAUGAUCCAAGGCGCGCUGGAGCUCAGGACCAAGACAGUGGAAGAUGUCAUGACCCCGAUCGGCAACUGCUUUAUGAUCCACAGCGACGCCGUGCUGGACUUCAACACCAUGUCAGAGAUCAUGGAGAGUGGAUACACCAGGAUACCUGUGUAUGAGGUCGAGAGGUCCAACAUCGUGGACAUCCUCUUUGUGAAGGACCUGGCCUUCGUGGACCCGGAUGACUGCACCACCCUGAAGACCAUCACCAAGUUCUACAAUCAUCCAGUCCACUUUGUGUUUCAUGACACCAAGCUGGACUCCAUGCUGGAGGAGUUCAAGAAAGGUUUGUGGAAAACUUUUGAAACUUUGACAGCUUUGUACCUACAGAAGUUUUUUUUUCAAUCAAUCAGUUAAACCUUAUUUAUAAAGCACCUGCCAUUCAAAUCAAACACAACUCAAAGUGUAGUACAGUGAUCAGAAACAAGGUUACUACUUCUGUGGAAAAGCAGUGAAACAGACAUAAUAUGGAACACUUGGAAGACCUCUUCAAGACCCUUGAAUACAGCAACUUUGUGUUAUACAGAUAGAUAGAUAGAUAGAUAGAUAGAACAUCCUAAGAGAAAAAAGUGAGAUAUGAAAAAAGUGGGCUAUCCACUGGAAGUACUAAUAUGAAAUGAGUAAUAAAUAUGAAAUGCGAAAUAUACAGAUGGGAUAAUAAAGUACAAGUAUAGAAGCUACAGAUAACCUAGGAUCAGGAUGAGGAUUAUACUUUUGCAUCACAGGAGCCUUUUGUCCUCAAAGGCCACCAUAACUUCUUGGAUGAGAGGGGUGAGCAAGGACGCUUAUCAGUCCUGACUCUGACUGUGAGAUAUCGCUAAAAUCCUCACUUUGACUCACUAAACUUUGACGUGAACAUAGGUGAUAAAAUCUCUUUUUGUGAAAACAUGAUGUUGACCAUUGCUAAUUUGAGUAGCUGCAUUGUUUACAGUCUGAUUGAGGGAGCUAUCAGAUUUAGGUUUAACACUGAGUUUAUAGCAGACCUUUGACCCCAGUGUGUAGAAGGUGAAGAUAUAAGAUAAAAGUGCUUCAUCAGGAAAGUGGAUGUUUGGAUUAAUCCUGCCUGCAACAAAACCCCCAAAAAGUUUGGAGUGAGAAAACAAGCCAGUAUCAGGGUUUAUCUUAGUAUGGCUAUGUUGGUGUUGUUUUCUCGACGGCUUGGAUGAUACUCAGUGACCUUUAAGGCUUCACAAUCAAUCAAAACAUUAUGAAAACUUGCCCAAGAUAAAUGCACAAACUGUAGUUUCUUUCUGAAUAGAAGUAAUAUGUGGCAAACUAGCAUAAUGAUAAAGAGGUGAAGAGAAGGUGUGACAGACAAGGAUCAUUCUCCAGGUGUAAGAAAGGGAAUAAGUUUGGUGCAGAUCCUUGAAAACUGCUAUUCUACUAAUCUAUCAAAAUAAUGAUUUAAAGCAGACAUUACUUGUCUGUGUGUGCAUGUAGUCUCAUAUUAGGAGGCAGCUUCUGUCGGCCAGACUCCCUCGUGCUCUGAGUGUUCGAUAUCAAAGACGUGCUAGUGUCAGAUUUCAAGCUGGAAGUAUUUUCUCCUUAUUCAGGACAGAUAUAAAAAUCAUGUCGCCUUCUCUAUUAUUUAUAAUGAAGUGAGUCUGGAUACAUUUCUAAUAAGUUCAUAAAAGAGAAAUUGUUUUUUACCCCAGAGUUUUAAGCUUAAACAUCAUUUAAGGACUUGAAUCUUCCUCCUGGCACCCUCAGUCAUCCCACUUUCACUUCUCUCUUACACUUUGCUGCACUGCACAAAAAGCACACACACGCAUCUGCACGAAUACUACAAAAACAUAAGCACAAGAUUGAACUUACAAAAAAAAAAUUUAAGAGCACCUGCUGAUGCAAGUACAACAAAACCAGGCGUACACAUGUGCAGACUCUCUCAGGAGGAUGCGCACACACUGACGCCAUCCCCUGCAGGGAUAUAUUUUUCCUCUCUCAGGCAUCUCGUCUCAAGGUCACAGACAGUAGACACUCACAUGCACUUUCAGUCUACAUCCGAGCACUGUGAGAAAGAGGUGAUCUUCUCUGCUGCAGCCUCUCCAUCUGUCAGUGAGGCGUAGUAGUAAAGGUAAACUUUGACUGAACUUGAUUGGUAGUUUGAGUUCCAUGUUUGCAUCAGAUGUCAUCGAAUAGAGUGUCUUAAUUACCAGCUAGCUUUGCUGCAUUGCACAGACCUCAGAUCAGCUGAUUGAGUUUAGAGCUGCUGCUGCUGCUGCUGCUGCUGCUGGGAUGUUGGUGUUAGUGUGACAUUUGGCAAAGACGUGGCUCUGCAGCUCAUCUAAGUAGGUUUGGCUGGUGAGGUGGGAGGGUUUGGCAACAAGCUGCACCACCUACACACACAUCCACACACACUGAAACACACACUAUGUUGGCUCACAGCUUGGCAGAGAGAUUUACAGUAAGCUUUUAUGAGAAUGCAGUGUAUAAGGAACGGAGUUAAGUUUACCGCAUCGAAGACAGGCCUGAAUUAAAACUGUCUGUCAGAUAUUCACAGGAAAUCAUCUUUUUAAAGAUCUUAAAAUAGUUAGAAUAUUAAAUGAGAGAUGUGUGAUGGAGGUGACAUGCUGUGUCAGCAGGAUCAUGUGUAGAGUUUUUGUAAAAUUGAUAUUUAACGUGAACUCAGUAAAAGUUAGGGCUGUGCAAUAAACUGUAAUUUUAUCUAAGGCUGGAGUAAUCAAAUACUAAAUUGAUUUUUAGGGGAUUAGUAAGUUAUUUAAUGAGAAAGAAAUUGUUUUUUUCAGUAAAUGCCUUUUUUUUUAAAUUUUUCUAUAAAACAGUGCAUUUCCCUUUAAUAAUUAUAAAGGAUAAUCGUACCUUGUUGUAUCAUCGGCCUAAGUAGAUAUAUUAUCUGACCGACAUGCACUUAAAGUGUAGUUGAUGAGGCAUUUAGUGAAGACAGAGAGGGUAAAUGCUGAUAUUCAUUGAGUGGGCACAUAUAUAUAGCCUGGCCAUCCCUGCUUAUGUCAGAGUCCCAGUUGUGCCACCCCAACCAGAAAGUCUGGACACACCCCUGCAGUGCAGCACAGAAAAAACUGUGGGACCUGAGUGUGAACAGACGGUCAAAUUUGGGCAACAAAGGCUGCAUGAAAAAUUUUCUUAGAGGAAACUCAGUCCAACGUCAACUUCAUUAUGACAAAGAGGGUAAAAAAAAAAAAAAGAGGUGACUCUUGUACUGGCAGGAUGAGAACUGUGGUCAGCCUGAGUGUCAUAUGUGGAAGUGAAACCACUCGCCAUGAGCGCAACACAGUUAAGGAUUAGUCACCCACAAGUUGAUCAGGUUGAGAAAACAAACACCACACAGAGCGACAGGGAGGCCUCUGCUGCGUGUGCUGGUUUUGAUUAUAAAAAAUAGAGACGAAAACAAUCGUCCUUCGUCUGUCACUAACAGGAUGUUUACAGUAUGACUGUAAGACCACAGUAAAAACUAAGGUUAUGCAUUAUUAUACUGGCCUUAAUAGAGCUACCUGGCUUAUAAUUUAGAUUCAGUCAGUCAAGUUAGUUUAAGUAUGAUAGAAUAUAUACAAAAUAAAUAAUACAUACAAUUUUUAGUCUACAUAAAGACGGUGAAUAUUUUGAGUUUAACUUAGCUUGUAAAGAUGUGUUUACCUGUGUUAGUCUCCACAGACUGUUUGGAAGUGAUUGUUGAGGGAAAACUGAGCCAGUGAAGAAAGGUCCCUCAAUAUGAGAGACAUUUGCCAAGAAGCCAAGACUGGAUAAAACUUCAACAGUUAAAAUAGAUGCUAAAACACAGCAAGACAGUUAUAGAGUGGGUUAAAGACAGCGAGGGUCCUGAAUAAACACAAGCCAACAAAACAAAUGCAGGGAGAUUUUCUAGUUGGCAGGAAUUCUCAUCCACCUGCGUGCCAUGUGACAAUUGAACUACUAGUGACCAUGUUCUGUCACUACAUCUGCUUCUCUGCCUCUUUUCUGUCCUUGUGUUUGAACUUCAUGAGGUCUGGAUGACACAUGCAAACAUAAUGUAAAUGUCACUGCUGAGCACAGAUCUGUAUGUUCUUUCAAACAUUGACCACCAGCCACAAGAAGCAGCAAACCCUGGCAAUCAUAAUUUAUGUGUUAUUUCAGACAAAGAAAGUAAGUUUGACGAGCAUUUAAAACUGAAUGCAGCUUCUCCAUGUUUAGUUCAGACUCUUGGCUAAGAAGGCAGAUCUGUCCCACAUGACCUGAGUGGCCUGGAUAGUUCAGAGUCACAUAGCACUAUCACAUGUAUAGGGUUAAAAAACGUGGACCAAAUUGUGUAAAGUUUUUUUUUUACUAAGAGCUAACAACAAUGUAGAGACAGCAGACGAGAGGAAGGGCAAAGGUUAAGAACCUCAAAGUCACUCUUCACUCCCUGAACCAAUGCAAAUCCACACAUCUGCAUAAGUGGCACAUACGGUAGAGAGGAGAGCCUGCACAGUGGAAACUUUGAUUGGUCUUUUACUGUUCAAAUCUCACUCAGGUGGCUCUAUGUGAGAGCAGAUUGUGUUUUCUUUUGACUUUCCUCCGCUCUGUGUUCAAUAAGUGAUAAAUAGAUUCUUCCUGAAAAGUCAUCAAACAAACAUGAGGAGUAUUUAUUUAAUAUUUUUUAUCGGCUCCACCUCCUCCAGUUGUACAAAGGGAACCCCAAAUCCCCCAAUUCAGCACGGCCAAUAGAAAAGCAGAGUCUGGGGUCAGACGCCCACAGUUAUGGAAAGUUCAGUGGCCCUUGAAUCGCUGUUUAUUUCAUCUCCUGCCUUAUGUGGUGCCCUCCAGGAGUGUGAUUGGUUGACAGAGCUGUCAAUCGUAGUGUUGCACCCUUGUUUUGUAGCAUCAAAUUAUAGAUUAAAACAAAACUUUGACGGAGAAAAAACACUUGUGCAUAAUUCCGCAUAAUAAGAACUAACUAUAAUACCAGAAAUGAUGGGUUAGGAAACAUUAUUUGGUAUGUAUUUGGAAUUAAAAGUUUCACCUAUGUUCGAUCUGCUUACAUGAAGGAAGCGGGCAUUUAAGAUCUUGUAUCAGCCAGUCAGGGAAACUUAAGGUGUUGUCCUCUCUGUUUUUAUGUGUGCUUCACAGUACACUGCGCCCAUUAACAAUGAAGGGCGUGAACUUAUCAGCACUCUUUGAUUGUCAAACCGUCAUACAUUCAUGUUGUGAGUUAAAAUCACAAAUGAAGAAAAAGUUUGAGAACAUUUCUCUGACCCACGUCAGCCUCCACGCUGUGAUUUCGCUGACGGGGUAACCUACGGGUUUAAUUUACUCUCAGCCCUCCUGCCUCGUCUCUGAGCCGACUCCCCACCAACAGCUCAAGUUCCUCUCUCUUGCUGCUCGGCAUCUGUUACCACGGUGAUGGCAUCCAGCAGUGUGAGUUUGUGUACACAGGUUUCUUUAGGACUUGCGCUACAUAAUCAAAUCUACUCCCAGGACCUGAGCUGUUUACUCAUGGGGGCGCCUACUGUAUACUCUGACAUUUUAUCCCUCAGUGUGUGUGUGCGUGACCUUUAAGAUGGACUAAGCAGUGACCUUAUUAGAUGAGAUGAAAAUUUAAUGACAUGCUGACUGUCGUGGUAGGAAAUGAUAAUGACAAACAUCAAAGACAAAGUUCAUGAGAUUCUUAUGUUUUGAUGAUAAAAACAUUUUAUGAAAUCUUAAUACAGAAUUUUUUAGUUUAUUUCUGAUUGAUUUUUUUUGUUUUUAUGGACAGCAGAAAAAAACAGCUGCUCUGAUCAGCCAAAGCAUUAUGACCACCUGUGCAAUCUAACGUAACCCGAUACAACUGCUCUGCAUUGUUUCCUACUGGACCGUCACACUGAGCUUAUUCUGACAAUAUGUUUGCCAGCUAAUUAGUCUGAGGGGAAAUAACCAACACUUUCACAGGUGCGUGUGUUAGAAUUGUGUUUCCCUUCUGUUAUAAAUGGACCACAUUGGAUUGCAUCUGGGUCCUUUUGCAGGUGUAGGACUUUCUGAUAAACGCCUUGAAACUUGGAACACUCUCAGGAAAUGAAGCAGCGUCUGUUGGGUCUGUUAACCAUCAGGAGUGUCUGCAUUGUCUGCUGUUUAUCACUUAUCUGUUCAGCCCACCCGGCCUUCAAGAUCCUUGUUCUGUGUGUUACCGUUUGACUGUUUGGUAGCUGUGCAACCAAACAACUUCCUGCACACUGGCAGCAUUUAUUUGACUAAGACGUGGCUCCAUGUGGGAAAAUGUCUCCUUAGAUUAAUGCUGAAAGUUUGUGUAGCUUUAUUCUGUCUUCUGGCCGGACUGGCAGGUGCGUCUCAUAUAGACCCCACCCACUAGGCAGGACCUGAUGGCAGACUCCAGAUCUCAGCAGCAGGUUGAAGCCGAGGCUGAGUAAAGUCAGUCACGACUCUGUCAUGUGCUCUGACAGCCUGACCUCUGUAACCUUUGUACCUCGCCACACACUCAUUAAACACACUUCUGCCCACAUUCUUCCUAACACUCCCUCCUCUUUAACACACAGCCCAAUACAAAUCUUAAUCUUUGACCCCAACCUCACUGUGAGCGAGACUGUAUCAGAAACAACUUUAGAAGUUUCUACUACUUUCCAGUGUUGAGUGGAAGAUUACCCAACCUCAGCCUGAUAGGUGCUGACACAGGGCAGACCUGAAUCUCCACUCCUCCUUUUGUGUCCUGGGUGUGUCUCUCAGUCCUUUCUUACACAUACCCAACAUCUUUACCUCCAAUUAUUAUCUAACCUCCUGCGAGCUGUCGACCUCCUCCUUCUUGAUUAGAUUUGGGCUGUUUUAGUUCCACCUGUAGAAGAUCCAACUCUGACUGCAGUUAUACAUAAAAUAAGUUGCCAUGCAAGAAGAGAUCAUGUUUAUAAAACAAGAGAACUCGGAGCAGGAAUCUGUCAGAUAAGUGAACAAUCUGAAACAUUUCAGAGUCCCUCCUACAUUAUUCACGACGUCAGAUCCAGGAAACAGAACCCACUGUGAAAGUAUGUCUAAAGCUGCCUGAUUAUGGCAAAACUCAUAAUCUGGAUUAUUUUGAUUGAUAUUGAUAUCAAGAUUAUUUAAAAACAAUCACCCAUGAUUCAACAUCUGCAUCUUCACUUGUAUUUUUACACUGUGACAUAAAGGAUUUGAGCUGUUUUGCUACAUUUUGUCACAGGCUGCAGAUUGAAGAAAUCAGUCAGUCUUUUCAGGCUUUUAUAUAACCUCCUUCACAACGUCACACUGAUUGUAUUCAGAUUUUCUUUCACUAUUCAUCCCCUGUAGUCAGUUUAUUCACUCUUGUGCUUGCUGCAGCCUCUCACUCCUGUCGUGCUCAUUCUGUCCCUCGGCUUUUUAGACACACACACAGAUAUUCACACCUGCAUCCUCCUGCUCCUCUGUAGCUGCCUGAUGGGAAUCAAAAAUAAAGAAUUUGACUUAAGUGUUGGGAUUGGAGCAGAGGUGAAUGUUUUUCAAAGAGAAAAGAGCUGCAUCCUGCACUGUGGAGUUUGCAUGUUUUUCUGCAUAGGUAUAACGUUAGCAAGGUUCACAGAAUAAUGAAAAACCAAAAGAACGACUGGAUCUCAAAGUCGUUCUCAUGUCCUCUGUAUCAUUCUGCUGGUAGUUCCUUCUGUUUGUAUGUCAACAAAUAUUUGGCUUUCUAUUUAAAAGAGACCAACCCUCAGGUGCUCUGAUGACUCACAGAGAGUAAACACGCACACACACACACACACACAGAAUCACGCUCACAUCAGCUGACUUCCUUCUCUUUACCUCUGUGAUUUCAUUUGUUGAAGACCAAACCUGCACGAUUGGCUCAGAUAUGAAAACUCAUGUUUCAUACUCGCUGUUGUGUAAGACUGCUUCUAAAAACACUUUCACCAAUCAAACUCACGGGCAGAUUUUUCUUUUAUCAACUCAACUGUUUAAGCAGUAGCAGCUCAGGGAAACAUAAUCUCACUCUCUGUUGCUAUUUUUAGGUUUUAAGCAGGUUUUUAUUACAGACCCUAGAUUUAUUUUUAGUCCUUGGAAAAAAAUGUUUUGAAGCAAAUCCUACGAAAUAAGAAAUGAGUGUUGCUCUCUGAGAGCUCUGCCCACAUUUUCUUCAUAAACUCCACUUUUACUUAUAAUACCACAAAUGAACAUUCCUCAGUUGUCCUUCCUUGCUUUGCUGUUGUCUAUUUAGUGAAGCCAAACUUGAAAUUGCUUGCUUUGAUUUGCUUUAAAUAACUGAAAAGCAGUACAGAAAUUCAAGUACCUUAUUGUAAUCCUCGAAUCUCAGAAAUACGGAAACGGUUUCACAGUUGAGAGACUACAAUCUGGUUCUGGAUACCCCAGCCUAGCUCUAGUAGAGGGAGAUACAGUCCCAAGAAUGGCCACCCUUGCAAUCACACAAGCCUUGGUGUAGGGAGACAUGAACAUAGAGCUAAAAAGGAUAGAUCAGCCUGAGAUCAUCCCCACCAUUGUGAUUUGUGGAUUGAGCUCCUUGACAGCUUCAGAUCUCUUCUAUGAUAAACCCCAGUCAUUAUAGUUUUACUGCCUAACAUGCAGUUUUAUAUUGCAGUAAUCUCAUGAUGGUUUAGCACUUUUUAUGAAUGACACUCCCACAUAAAAGAGUAUCAUUCGUUAUCAUUUAGUCAUGUAUCUGUGCUGUACUGACAGCUGGAAAUCUGAAGCAUCCUUAUCAGCCGCCUUCUUUCCUUUCCUUUCCUGCUGUUGUUGCUCAAAGUGCUGACACUGCAGCCGCAGUCCUCUCAGCUCUGACUUAAGUGUGUAUGUUUGGUGUGUGUCACAUCAUCACUUGCGUACUGUGUGCCAUAACAGUGUAAGUCAGCAGGAAGAAAGAGGAGCUCUGCUGAAGUGACACCCUGUCUCAAACAAGAGCACAUGUGGUUGUCUCACCCCAUCUUAAACCUGAUGUUCAUCAUUAUAGACCAGUUAUGGUCAUUUUAUUAUUUACAAUGAAGAUUUUUUCAACCACAUAACAGGGACGGGUUCUUUGGUUGAGGUUAAACCCUCUUUUGAAAAGCUGAAAGGGUUUCUAAGAUUUGGCUAUAAAAGCAGGUUAGCAGGGCUUCAACAGCGAACCUGCUCAUGCUGUAUUUGAUCAAGCAUGUGUGACUGUUGGGUGCAUAUUUGUGGUCACACGUCUUUGUCUCAGCGGUCAUGUUUUGGAGUGCGACGCUGCGGUCAGGGUUGCUGAUGUGCGUCCAGCCGGGGUGUGUUUUGUGCGUGGGCGGUAUGCGUGUGGCAUUCCUUUCCCAUACAGACUCAUCACGCUCCCCCUCGUCCUUUUGUCGCCAAUGUUUCAUGUCAACAAACAGGCCGGCUCGCAAGGCUGGUGAGGGGAGAGCUAGAGGGCAGAGAAACAGACGGGAAGGUCACUCGACCCAUUGGGAGUAUCUGUGCAUGCAUGUGUGUGUGUAUGUGUGUGAGAGAGAUCUUUGAGACACUGAUUCAUGCCAGUUAAUGAUAAAAUGAAACUAAAGAUAAGAAAACAAACCUCAACACACAUGAAAUCUUGUGAAAUGAAAUCGUCUGAAUCUCUGAAACCUCAUGUGGAGGAAGGUGUUGCUGUUAGAGCUUCAUGUUGUUCCUUAAAAAAAGAGAAGCUGCUGCCUUACUCAGCAGCCUUUAGUAUCUCUGACAAAGGUGGAUGUGUUUCUCAGUUCCUCUUUUGCUCCUCUCUCAAUUCUCAUGGAGGGUUUAUAGAUUUAGUGCGAAGGAAAUAGUUGGUUGAUCUAGUUUCAAGCACAUAAUUCUUACUAUGAUCACAGACACAUACUGUAUAUUGGACUUUUACUGAUAUUUGAAAUGCCAAUAUCUUUAUUUUCAUUUUGACUGAUACCAAUAUAUACACUCAUUUUUCUCUUCGUAAAAUAUGAAAAGUUUCUCUCGUAAUAUAACUUACCUGUUGCCCUUAUGUGAAGGUCUGUUUAUUUGAUUCUAUUGUUUUUUCAAAUAUAGACAUUUCCAACUCUUUAAAACAUUUUCAUACAGCCAACAUGUCUAAGCUCUAUGCUUAAUUCAUUCCCUUGUUGGACGAUAAUAAUACAAGCUAAAAUUUUCAGAUCAGCUGAUACCAAUUAUGAACUUCUCAAGCUCCAAAGAAAACUAAAAUGAAAGCGAUUAGUUUAUAAUACAAGGACUUUAUUGAUCCAGACUAGGCCUGCACGAUAUAUCGUUUGACUAUCGUCAUCGCGAUGUACGUGUGUGCGAUAGUCACAUCGCAGAGCCUGCGAUAUUGGAGGUGAAUGAACUCAUUUAAUUUCAAGGGUAACGGACUGAGAUACACCCCAUGUGACUCUGCAUGUGCUGUGCAGCGAUCCACCAAUCACCUUCGUCCUUAACUCAGUUGCCAAUCAGACUCACUUCUCAGUUGCCAAUCAGACUACCCUGCCAGCUGUCAAUCAAAAUCAGGGAGGAGAAAACCCACCCCUGCACAUGUUCUGCACAUGGAGGGAGACGUGUGUCCGCUGAGAAUUACUUUCGGAACUUUACUCAUGACUAUUAAGCCCAACAAAUAAGAACUGUAUGGGUUUUAAAAUGUAUAUUUCCGUGGACCACUCUACUAUAAGCAGUGCGCGUUUUGCGAGGUGCAUGCAAUUCUCGGAGGACAUGCGUUUCUCGGCACAACACCGCUAACAACAACAACAACGAUUACAAAAUGAACAACGAACAAGAGAAAACCACCGAAAAUCAAGAUUUGUUGCCAAAAAGAAAAGGAAAGUCGGUUAUCUGGAAUUAUUUCGGUUAAAAGAAGGAUGAUGUCGACCAAAACACGUGUUCUGUGUUCAUCUGUCGCCACAAUAACGUCCCAGCACAAUAAAAGCUAAAAAUAUCUCUGAGACAGACAGAAGCCGUUCUACUAACAUUCACAAAAAGAGGUAAGAUCAGAGCAGGUUAACUGUUUUCCUGUAUUUUUAAUAUCGCAAUAUAUAUCGCAGGGUUGAAAAAAAUCGCAAUAUUAUUUUUUUCCAAUAUCGUGCAGCCUUAAUCCAGACGGACAUUUGUUUGUCUGGAAUCUCAUCUCAUCUAGUAUUUAUAGAAUAAUUAAGGUGUCAGAUGGCUGUGGAUCAAAAGAUCAUUUGAAUCUCUCCGCCCUGCAGCAAAGAGAAAGGAGCCGUCCACCACCGCCACCUCCAUCAAAGUGUUAUGAAGUGGAUGAUCCAUGUUUUUUUGUUUAGAAUGGCCCCCACCAUGGCCUCAGUGUGCAUCUCUCCAUCACAUCCUCCAGCGAGUCCAACUUGAUUCCAACCACAGAGCCACUGUUUUCGCUAGUUUGUCACAUGUUGAGUCUGCAUCCUAGCGAUUGUUUCAUAGAAGAUAUCUUACGGAACUUCAGCUGUUGCCUUGGGUGGGAUGUAUACAAGCAUUGUUAUGAUAUGACUGAACUCCCUUGGAACAUAAUAUGGCGGAAGAGCAACUGCCAACAGUUCAAUAUCUGGACAACACAUCCUCCCCUUGACAGUUAUACAUGAAUGUAUUUAUGAAGAUAUGAUGAGUUUUUAAACAAAGAAGUCAAGUUUAUAGAACAUAAACAAAAGUUUUUUCUACAAGAAAUCAUAUUUGUUAUUCAUUUUUAACCAAAGCAGAAAAAAAAACAAUCCAAAAACAGCUUUAAAGGUAUUACCUCCUAAUAAGUGAUGACUUGCAGCCUGAAAUUAAAGAUCUUGAGUUCUAUAUCCUUGGUCAGUUGAAAACAGGCUCAUAUAUUGAUAUACAAUAUCAGGAUAAAAGAUGACCUUCAUUGUAAGAGAUGAGAUUUGAGAUUAGAAUAGAUACAACUUCAUUAUCUUUUAAGGAAGGUCCCCUCAAGGAGAUUAAAAAGACACAUUAUGAGACACCCCCCUUCAAAGGAAAGGACCAAAUCUUGUUUUUAGAAUGACAUAAACCUAUAAAAGGAAACAAGGUAGGAUUUUGUGACUCACAUCUUUUGAAUAAAAUUCAGUUUUUCCGUCUUUUACUGAUAAAUUCUAAAAUCAAAGUAGAAUUCAAUGUGUUCAUGUGUGUCAUUGAAACACUCAUGGUUUUAUUAUUUCAAUGACAUAAAUGAAAAGAACCUGCAGCCUAUCAGUGGAUGUCAGUUCUGCUAAUGAGCAAAGCUUCAGUCAGUUUUUCUGGAACAAUCUUUUCUGUUUCAACUUUACGCUCUGUGACUCUUAAGUUUCGUGGCUUUUUAACAGACAUUUCAGAGCAGGUUCUUUAUCUCUGACCCCAUCUAGGUUUAAGCUGUUUGUUUACUUUCGUUGCCAUGGCUGCAUUUGUUGUGUUCUUGUUACAGUUUACUUCCUGAUGGGCUAUUUCGUUCUACAGGAUGGACAGAGUGCAUGCUCGGAUGUCCGCAUGCAGAAGGAUUUCUGAUCUUAAAUAUUGAACAUGUUAAAUUUAACAGUGUCUAGUCCUAACAAACUACAGGCACGAUAAUCUGUAGGACCAUCUGAUAGUCAGGCCUCUGCUGCCUUUUAUCAGAAGAGGGAAUCUUGUAGUGGGUACAUCACUUAAGCUGAGCAAAGCAGGACUGCAUCUCUUUGGUCAUUUUGGUGUCAAAGGAAAGGUCAGACUCUGAGGUAGCAGGUCUCUUCAGGAACUUUAUUAGAUCAGGCGUCAAGACAGGAGAGUGGAUCAUCGAUGCAGGCAGAGCCAGGGGUGGGGGGGGGUAAAUCAAUAACUUCAGAUUUGGGGUCAUUCUGCUGCAGCACAUUUUUGGACGUCCGGGUCUUGAUUUCAGUCAGACAGGACAUAAUGUGAGACACACAGAUGCUGCUGGGUUUGAAUGGGGAUAGAUCUUAAUGUCGUCUGCGUAGCAGUGAAAGUCUAAACCGUGGUGAUAAAAUAUGAGACCUCUCAAUGAAGCAGGAGGGAACAGUCAGAAUAUUCUCAGAGCAACGUCAGCUCUGAAGACAGGAUGGAUUUUAUAUCCUGUCACUUCAGAUUUACAAACUGAUGAUUGACAGCUGUGUGUAUUUAUGUGUGUAUGUGUGUGUGUGAGCCUGAGGUGAGCACACUGCUCUGAAGUCAAACACACACAUCGUCCGGAGAAUCAUCAGCUGCAGCCACAUAGGAGCAAGCCGGCUUUGUGGGUGUCUCUGAUUGUGGACCCAGCUGAUGGAGGUCAGACACUGAGCGCAUGAGACCGCCUGAGUUUGGCUGCGUUUCCCUCUACAAUGUGUGAUUGUGUGUGUGCUUGUGUGUCUGUGUGUGUCUGUGUGUGUGUGUUUGUGUGUGUGUGUGGGGGGGGUCUAAGGGAGUCAAUAGACACUCAAGUGACUCUCCGGUAACCGGGGUCAAGUGUGUCCCUCGGGUGCCCACUUCCUCCGAAAUAUUGACUCAGCACUGCGGGGAGAGGUCACACACACACACACAGACACACAUUCAAAGGCACACACACACACAUACUGAGUUCCUUUUCCAUUACAUGAUGUCUCUAUUUUUGUUGCUUCAGUCAUCUUGUGUGAAAAAAACAACCAUCAGCUCAUGAAUAAUGUACUCUGAGGCUUUCUUAUCGUGGGACUCUGUUGACUCAGGACUUCAUCUUUAGGGAAAUGAUUACACUCACAGAUCCCAUGAAGUCACAUCAUUCCUUCCUUAUGCAGUGAUCAAGGGAUACAAAAUUAGGCUGAGAGAAAUGUAUGGGGAGAUGUCACGCUUCCUCCCGAGCAGGGAUUUCAGGGUUAAAUUAAAUUCCUGAAGCUAAACUUAGACCUUGGUUCCAGAGAAAAAAAAACUUAAGGACCAGAUUUCCCAAGUUUCUUGACUCAUGGCAAAAAAACUUACAUAAAAAACAUGAUAAGAAGAACAUGCUGGGAUCAUGUAAAACACCCUCCUCCCCAUGACUGACUAAUUGAGAUAAAAAAAAAACAGAGUGGACAUACAGUCCCAUCACACAACCCCCCCCCAUGACAUCCCAUAGUUUCAGACUGAAUCCAGCCUGAUGGAUUCCUCAAAGUCCAUUGCUUCUAUUUGUGUGGUAAACCGUCAAGGUCAGAGCUGAGAAUGUGUGGCGUGCGUGUCGUUGCAGCAGCACUGCGCGCUUUAACCUGAAAGCAUCAAGGACACACGCUCACAAAGACAAACAAUUAUAGCCACUGGUCUUUUAAUUGCUUGACAUAAGAGCUGUUUGUAGAUCCUGUUGAUCUGGUUUUAGAAACAAACACAGGUGAUGGGCCUCUCUUCCUCCUCCGCUCCUACAUUUUUAGUCCUUUGAUCGACUAGCUUGAACUAGUAUGGCUGUGUGGCUGUGCUGCUGUGUGUAGCUGCUUUGAAGUUCAAGUUUUGAUAAAAAAAAUCAGCAGAAUGCAUUCAUAUAAAGUUUUGUGUUGGAUUUGGACAGUGUUUCCAAUUUUUUACUUUCAGUGAAUAUUUCAGUUAUUCUGGUUGUAUUGUAUCAUAUUGAAUCUAAGCGCUUCGUGUCAUGCAUCAUAUCAUGUCGAAUCCAACUGGUUUGUGUCAUAAAUCGUAUCUAAUCAAAUCAAAUCGAAUCUAAGAGUUUCGUGUCAUGAAUUGUGUCAUAUUGUACUAUAUCGUAUAGAAUCUAAGCAUUUCGUGUCAUGUUUGGUAACGUAUCGUAUCAUAUCCAAUCCAAGCGUUUCAUGUCAUGUGUCGUAUCGUGUCGUGUCGAAUCCAACUGGUUUGUGUCAUGAAUCGUAUCUUAUUGUAUAGAAUCCAAGCAUUUCGUGUCAUGUUUGGUAUGGUAUCGAAUCGAAGCGUUUUGUGCCAUGUAUCAUUUCAUAUCCUAUUGUAUCUUAUCGUUUCGUGUCUCUUUCUUGUUUGGUUUGAAAUGUAUUGUGUCUUUCCAAGAGUAGUUCAAAAAAAGUUUCUUGCAAUUGUGAACCUUCACAAACACACAGUUUUCGUCUGUAUUGAUGAGGAGAGAAUGAUCCACCUGGGGUCCAAAUUCCCAGAUUUAGUCUUGAGUGCAUUAUUAAUAAUUCAGAACUCAAGGCCAACUUGCCAGCGUCCAUCUGCACUUUGAUCACUUUGUCAUGAGAGGAGUUUAGCUGUGUGUGUGUGUGUGUGUGUGUGUGUGUGUGUGUGUGUGUGUGUGUGUGUGUGUGUGUGUUUGUGUGUCUUAGUUUCUGUGCAUGAUUUUGUGUUGUACUGUUAGCUCUUGGCCAAAGUCCAGACCCAACCCUGACUGUAAUGGCCCGUACACAUUAACAGACUGUUUGUGGUGCAAGCAAAGGGAGUGGGCUGUUGGUUUAUUGUUCAAAAAGAGAGGUGUUCAUAUAGGAAUCUAUCAUGAUAUGAUUGUUUGUCAUGACUGAGGGUGUGGGCCAGGUUUGUACAGCUGAGCUCAUGGGUGUAGGAGCUGUAAUAUGAUGAAGAUUUUGAGGUUCUUAUAAAGAUACACCACAAUCACUGUGAAUGGGUUGCAAAAAGGCAUUGAUCAGGGAUAUAUUUCAUUAAAUUAGUAGUUCAAAACAGCCACAGCACUGCAGUAGAUGAUCUACUCUCAUGCUGAUUUGAGUUUGAAUAAAGGCCUUAAAGAGUGGAUAUGUUGUUCAACUUAAAACCCCACUCAUGUCUUUAAACUCUUUUGUCUUCUUCAGGAAAAUCCCACCUGGCCAUUGUGCAGAAGGUGAACAACGAGGGCGAGGGAGACCCGUUCUACGAGGUGCUGGGUUUGGUCACGCUGGAGGAUGUGAUCGAGGAGAUCAUCAAAUGCGAGAUUCUGGAUGAAUCAGAUCUUUACAGUGAGUUUUUACAAAGCCUUGCUUUUAUUUGUUUUGUCUCAUUUUUCUGUUUUUUAUCACUUUAUUAUUUAUGAUUCUUCUUUAAUGGAGACCUAUUACAAUCAUGCCUGUCUGUGACACUCUUAGAUCAUUAUUUACAGCAUAAGAUCUCAUUUAUCUAAGACUUAAUUUGUAUAGCACACUAAACUGGACCUUUUACCUGUAAAAUGCUCACUUUAGCACCAUUCAGCCUCUGAGACAUUUCAGCUGCUUUCCAGUGAUAUAAAGGUAGAUGAAGCAUGUGGGUGUUACUUUUUACACAGUUUUGUAGUUAUGAAACAAACAUAGAAGUCCUACCUUUACUGAAAACAUCUGAGGUGAGCCAAAACAACAUUUGAAAGAGCUUCUGGGUCGGCACACUCUUCAACAUUGCUUUAAGAGUCUGCUGUCAGGUUGAAGCCAGAUCUUACAAAGUUCUUAAAGCAACCGAGGCAAGAAAAAACAUCCUGAUUGAACCAAAAUCCAUUUCUCACAUAUUAUAAAGUUUAGCCUGGACUUCUGAUUAUAUUUCUGUGUUAUUAAGACAUUUAUCAGCUCAAAAUGUUUCCUUUUAUUUUUGAGAUUAUUUUAAACUGAUGGUUUCCAAGUAAUUUUGCAAAGGGAUUCAAGAUUGAGCUGUAGAUUUGAUUCUUUGAAUGUGCAUGCUUGUGUUAAACAUUGAUCUGAAUGUGUCUCAUUUCUCAGCUGAUAACCGUACGAGGAAAAAGGUGGCGCCCAAUAAGAACAAGAGAGACUUCUCUGCCUUCAAACACGAGAGCGAAUCAAAAGUGAAGGUCUCUCCUCAGCUGCUGCUAGCUGCUCAUCGCUUCCUGGCUACAGGUGGGGACUGAAUGAUGCUCACUUUCAUCACAACACUCAAACACAGUCAGUAGAUCACUUAUAUUCCAUAAUCCAGCUGUACGUUCACAGUAUGUCUCGAGUGAGGAGACGUAUCACGAUCACUCUCAGGAUGGAUUCUUUCCUCUUCCUUUCUGACAUGCUCAGCAGGUCUAAGCAUGCAGGCAGAGAGGCAGGGAGGGAGGGAGGUGCUUUAAAUGUGUUUAUUUACUUGGAAGACCUAUUUAGGAUCGGAGCGGUAAGCCUGCCCGACCGUGCUUACCACCACAAGAAGAGUUUGGAGUUAGGCCAGCUGGCUGUGAUUCCUCCACGCUGCUACAGAUCACCUGAGAACAUGUUGCGAUAUGUCCUGUUUAACAGCUGCCAGAAGCUGCUCAUGCUAACCACCGUUAGCAUGACGUAGCACUUCCUAGACUUAGACACUUCCUACAAGAGGAAAUCACAGUCUGGUGUCUCUGCAGGGAUAGAGGCUCUGUUUUGGUUUGAUUCUAAGGAUGCCAGUGUCUUUUUUUCACUCUUGUUUCUUAAAACAAAAAUCCUGUUUCUUUUUUUUGAGAUUCAGCCGCGGUGGUGUCUGUUCCUCUUGUCUGUUUUUGCUGACAUCAGUGAUUAUCAUGCAGCUCUUUUCACACUGCUUUUGGUCUGUGGUUCCUCAAGCCUGACAUAUGACACCUGGAGGGUCGCUUACAUUUGAGGAGGGUAUUUCAGACACAGCAAAUUCAAAACUGUCGGGGAAUCUUGCAAGAGUAUUACACAUGAGCAGAUCCAGAAAGUGGUCCGGUGUAGCCAGGGCCACCUUUGAAAUCUGAUUGGCCACCUCAAAACUCAAAGUCUUGUGUUGGAAUCACCUCUUUGGCUUGUGUUGCUAAAGGCUGAUUUGUAUUUAAAGGUAGCAUGUGGACUUAGAAGUGCUGAUCAGGAAUAACAUUUUACUACCGGAUCCGAAGUAGAGAUUGGUAAAAGAUCAAUUUAUUAACCUGAGUCAUCACUCUCACCCACACACAGCAGCUUUUUUAUCAUACUGAGUAAACCUGAUGGACUCGCUCACUUAAUACGUUACCAAGAGUGAAAGGAGCGUGUUUGCCUCUUUCAUGAUGGAUGUCGACAGCGGUCGUAUUUGCCUCACCUCUCACUGUGGGCUGUGCAGGGAUUUGUUUGCAGGUUGGACUCCUUCUUUGUUCUCAGUUUGGGUGGGGUUGAAGGCGCUUUAUGGUUGAGCCUUUAUUGCGACAGCCCUGUCGACGGUUUGUUGAGAAAUGAAUGUAAAGCAAAUAUAUGGAACCUUUUUCUCAUGAUAAGCUUGCACAUUAGUCAACAGCCCCAUAAAACAAGGAUCUGUGAAAUCAAGUCAUUGGGGUUAUUUGUUUACUUUACAUUAGUCUUUGAACACUAUCAGUCCUAUUAUUAAUGGUCUCUGAUGCUUUUCAUCUGUAUCAAUGCCACUCUGCCCUAUAAGCAGUGAAAAACCACCUUUCAGGGGCUUUGUGCUGAUGUUUCAUGUCUUAAGAUCAGAGUCUUACAGCCGUACUGAAAGCGCUCACUCUCUGGGAGGACUUUACUCUUACAAAAGCAAAACCAGUCUGUCAUUUGCGUCCCCAAGCACUUUUAGAGGACAUAGAUUGAUCGUACAUAUUUGACCCCCAAGGUUAUGUUGCUGUCUCUACAGCCAGCACCGUUUCUGGAGAAAUUUUGUGUCGUUUUGGACUUAAAACAGACAAACGCUUAUACUUCUGAGCCAAACCAGCCCCCCCUUUUUUUGUCACUUACCUUUCAGUCGUAUUAUCUUUCAGUUUCAUCAGCGACUCACUUCAUCAGAAAGCUUUAAUUGUUGAGUCGUGUUACGUCCCUGAAACAUCAGAUCUUGACUGUGUCUCUAAUUCCUCUUGAUCACUCAGUCUUAAAUCCCUGUAAUCCUUUUAAUUCAUUAAGUCUGUCUCUGUAAAGUUUAUGAGUUCCUUCCCUUUGUUGAAAGUUGUUCGGUUUGUGUUUGACACAUGUACUUGGCACACACCACAUUGUGUAAUGACACGUUUUACUACAGACGAGAGCAUGAAUGAGUAAGCUGACGAGAACCUUGAUCUGCGUUGUCAGCAGAUCAGCUGUAGUAAGAGAGGCCCUGCUGCUUGUUUGUGUUGCAUCUGUGGAUUUGAGGAUUUUAGCUCAUGUAUGUUUUUAUUUGACUUCAUCAAGGUCAAGAAGUUUGUGGCGAGAUUUUAUUGUGAUGUGAGACAGUAGAAAGUUUCUUGCACCAAAGUAAAUUUCUUUAUCUCUUCCUGCAGAGGUGAGCUUGUUCAACCCGUCUCAGAUCUCAGACAAAGUGCUGCUGAGAAUCCUGCGCCAUCAUGAGGUGAUCCAGGAGAUCAAGUUCAACGACAAUGACAAGCGAUCACCACAUCACUACAUCUAUCAGAGAGGGAAACCUGUCGACUACUUUGUCCUCAUCCUACAGGUACUGACAUUUUUUUUUACACGUGGUGAGCUAAAGAGAGUUUGAGGCAGAUUCUUCACACGCAUGCAGAUUGCACAUGAUGUGAUGAUAUAAACCUCACCUACUUCUACCUGCUGCGUAGCGACUGAUGUCAGGACUCAUUAAAGGAGCAGUUUAAUAACUUCAGCAGCCCUCUGACUCAGUGUGAUGAACACAACCCGCCCUCUAAAUGUCACACUCAGCACAGCUCUGCCUGGAUAAUCAGUCCCGCCUCACACACACAAACACACACAAACACACACACAAACACACACACACUUCCCUUUUCUGCCUGUGACCCUCCUCUCCUCCUCUCCUCCUCCACCUCCUCCUCUCCUUCUCCACCUGUCAGCCCCUCACUUAGAGCUCACCGGCGCUCAGCAAUCUGUCUUGUAGUUCAGCUCCGCUCAGAGUUUCGCUUCGUGACAGAUGGAAGUAGGCGCCGCUCACAGUAAAGCCAUCAGGUCCAGAAUCUGUUGAUCAAGCAAACUGUGUCUGUUUGUGAAAGUUUCUGUUUGUGUGUUCGAAGCUUCAACAUAAAGAUGAGUCACUUAAUGAGAGCUGCCACAUGAAAAAACAAGACAAGAGUGCUGCUGACUGCACAAGUACAGAGUUUCAAAUGAAGCUGAUUUAAUUUCUGGAGAUAAAUCGGAAUAAUCUUCAACAUGGUUCUUCAUAUUUUCCAGUUUUCCAGGUACACAAGUUCACUGGAGAUUUUUUAAAAUACACUUAUUUUCGAGACUGAGCUGCUGUAGUUAUCAAUACAUUUAAUAAUAGGCUCAUCAGUAUUUUAUCUGAUAUCCAUAAAACAAGAAAGGGAAGAUGACUGAAGUCGAUCAUUUCAGUUGCAAAACUUCCCUAAAGCUCCCUGAUGUUAGCCAUCGGUUCAUCUGUAAAUAUCUGCUAGUUAAUGAUAAAUGAUGUUUAAAGCCAUAAAUAAUGAUAAUAAGCUACAAAUGGAGCAAAACCUCACAAAUAAGUGCAGUAAGAUACUCCGUUGAGGUGUAAAGGAUUCUUCUUCUUCUGCUGAUGGGAUUUACUUCAUGCAGGUUCUGUAAGCAAUCAAAGGAGGAGCUACUUCAUCUGCUGCUCAGUGAACAAAACAUGAGCAAAUUCUUUAAGGUUAGGAGAAAGCAAAGUCCAAAAAUAUGACAAAGUAAAGGCGGCGGUGGUUCAAUGUGAUUGUGAACAUCAGUGUCUGGAUGGUUUGUAAUGACUGAGGGAGCAUCAUGCGCUGGUUUGAACUUAAACCGAUUUGGAUGUCCAACUGUGCAGGUAAGAAGAUGACAUGUUGGAUUUCUACAAGCUCACUGUUAUUUUUUAUCAUGUGUUGGCUUUUCAUUCACAAGUGAAUCAACACAAAAAGGAGUGGAGCCGGUUUUACUCGCAGGUAUAGGAGUGCUUUGACCUUGUGCAGAUGUGUGACAUCACCACUUAAGUCGACUUCAGUCUUAAAAUGUUUUGACUUUUAUUUUUUCAACAUUUUGGACUUUUGUCAGGGAAUUGCUCUCUAACUUUAUACUCAAUAUUUAGCCGGUUUUGUCUGUUAAACUUCUAUUUAUUUCAUUGGUUUGGUCAAUAUUUGAAGAAGUUGCCCUGCAUGAGCUGUAACUCAGUGGUGAGUCAUUACAGAGAAAUUAAGACCAGGGUUUGGGAUCUUAACCUGUUUCUUGUUGCAUCAUCAACACUCAGAAGUAAUCCAAAGUCAAUCAACUCUACAAGCAGAUUAUCCGGCUGCUUUUAAGGUUUAAUAGUCUGGUUUGGUGGAGGGCCAAUAAAGCAGGAGGUCAAAGCCAAAAACAGCCUGAAAUCUUUUUCAACACUUCACACCUCUGAACCUGCUGGGGUUUCUACAGUGUUUGUAUUUCUGUCCUUCAUGUGAGAGAUAAAGGCAGAUAUCUGCUGAGGCAUCAAUGAAGAUGUCCUCAUUGAAAGAAAACAAACUUCUGUUUAAGAUUUACAAGUGACAGAUUUAAUGAAAGAAAGAAGAGGCUGUGGGAUGAUGUCUAAACAUUAAAGGUGGGACAAAAUAUCAGUAUAUAAUAAAUUAUAAUUUUGUUGUCAUGGCAUGUGAAAUAACUAAUAAUUUGUUGGGGCUAUGUAUCAUAUGUGGUGCUCCAAUUAAAUUUAAUACGGUCACUGCACGUUACGUCCUGAAAAUUCUGCAGUUGCACUCGAGGCAUAAGUGAGGGUUACCUGAACAGUAACUUACAUAAUAUAUCUAAUAAUCAUGAUUUGAUGUUUUGUAUUGAAUCAUAUUUUAUCAUAUCACGAGGUAUCAUAUCAUAUUAUGAUGUACAGUAUCGUUUUGCAUUGUAACUAGGGUUGGGCAUCGAGUCUCGAGCAUCAAUGGGAACUGGGACUAACAUUCUGAUUCUUUCGGUACUGUUCAAAUUUUUAAAUUUCGAUUCCAAGUUUCGAUGCCAGAGUCUGCCGACAAAAAGCCAGCAAACACCAACUAAGAAGAAACCACUAAAAAUCAACAAAGACAAGGCAUGAGGUAAAGCGAGAUAAAGAGAGACAGAGAGUGUGUGUGUGUGCAUUGCAGCCAGAAUGGACGCCAUCUGCCUCCUCGCUGAGUGAAGCCACCCCGAGAACAGCACCCUCUGGUGAUGGGCUGCAGUAUAGGUCAUAAAUCCCGCCUCCUCCAGCAGUCCUUAUGGAGCUGUGGACAAACUUUAAAAAUUAAUGACAUAGAACAUACAUUUUUCUCCCCCGUGCUUGCGAUGUAGACAUGUAGUUACUGUAAGACUGUAAGACUUGUCUCUUGAUGUGCCAUCACACAACUUCACAGAGCUUCUAGAAAUUUCCUGACAUUUUCAGGAGUGUGUAUGUGAAAGUCUAGCUGAUUUACUGACUUUCCUUCUUUGGCUCUCAACAUAACUUUCCCCUCUGUUUCCAUCCUGAAAAUAUCCACCUCUUAGUGCCUGUUUACACGCUGUAAACAAACUAAAAAAGGAGCAGCACCGCCAUUGCCUGUCUGCUGCAUCCACUCUGUGAACAUGUACACAUGUGUUCAAAUCCUGGUGGGUGGGAAAUAACACUGCACAGUCUUAAUCUCUCUUUUACACACAUUUAUUUCCCACACGUUUAUUUAUGCACAAACAGUCAUUACGCAGGUCCAGUAAUCCAGGGAUCACUUCCACUUUCUCCUCGGUGAGAUCUUCACUUUUACCCGCUGGGAGGCCGGAUAGAGGGGAUGUUGUGGAGAGACCCCACAUGUGGAAUAAUCCGCUGAGACCUUUUUGGAGAGAGUGGCAUUUAGAGCCAGCGUGCCAGGAAGGGAAUUUUUUCCACGAGAAGGAAAGAAACUGCUGGAGCCAGCCGUUGGGAAUAUUUGUGUGUAGUGAGUGUGAGUCUGUAGAAAAAUCCUCUGGGCUUCAGCUGGAUUUAAAAGGAGUAACAGAGACUUUUCAUUGGUAUACAGAGCUCUGUUGUACUCAAAAACGCUGUCUUUGCUUUGUUCUUUGUGGACAAGACUGCCUCACGUAUUCCUCAGUUCAGCUUAUUAAGUAAAGUUUUUAGGCAUCUAUGUAACAACUAAUAUACCGUACAUUUAACAUCAAUUUCUAUACAGUCCUUGUUGACAAGAGGGUCUAUUUUUUAUAGGAUUCUUGGCGGAUGAAUAUUCAUUCCAGCAGUUACAGGUACCCUGCAGGCUGCGUAAAUACUCUGAAGAGUCACAAAGUGGACCUGUGUCAGAGUUUGAAGCUGCUCAUAUUUGUCCUGUAAACAAAAUUAUGCUCUCACAUUCCAGGAGCACUCAUUUGGAAACAGAGGAAGGGCAGAGACGCGUAGAGGAGAGGAGAGGAGAGGAGAGGAGUCACACAAUGAGAUCAUUUAAAUUCGACACCAGUUAUUUCUGGAUGUGAGGCAACAGCUGAUCGAUUUAGAAAAUGUAUAGGCUUUAGAAGUGUUACAGAAGAAGCGAGCAGCUUAGAAUCUUUUACCAAAGAUAGAGCGUAAACAAACCUGAGCUAUAAUAAAAAAAAAACACUAACCACCAGGAAUUACAGCACAGGAAAUUUAGUAUACAGGCUGAUCAUCAUUCAUACGUCUUUCCAGAUGCUGGAGGAAGCAUGUGAAUGCAGCAGUGAUCUAACUCGGCCUGUGUGUAGACUGACCCUGUUCUGUGAGAAACACUGAGCAUCUUUAUAGACGCAUGAAUCACGCUGGUCAUAAACAAACAGCCUGUCUGCUCACCAGGGAGAAUACACACAAACAUACACACACACAUGUGAAAGGGGGAGGAAGAAGAUCAGUGAAUUAUCUCAUUCUUGAGGUUUUUGUUCUCAUGUGUCCACUGGAUCAUCAGUUAAUGUCAUCAUCACGAUCUAAGACCUCAGGAGGAACACCUCAUCCUGGGGUCUAGCUGGAUAGAAAAGCCCCCAACCUCACAACUCUGAGUCCUCAGACAGGUUUGUUCAGAUGAUCCCAGUUGAUACAGGGACAGAAGUUCUGUCAUAUAGCAGGGGUUAGUCCAUUUGAAGCUGAUGGAGAUGAUUGGUUAAUACAUUAACUAGAUUAGUAAUAAAACGAUAUAAAAAGACAGUAUUUGUUUGUGUUGUGUGACCAAGAGUGUGUUGAAGUUAACAUUCCUGUCACAGUCAUACUCAGGUCAGGACAUUUUUGUGAGCAACGACUCUUCCUGUUGUGGACGAGAGCUGGAAAAACGUCAGUCCUGAGAGAAUAAGAAAUAUUCAUGGACUUUUAAGGAGAUAGCUGUGUGUGUGUGUGUGUGUGUGUGUGUGUGUGUAUGUGUAUGUGUAUGUGUAUGUGUAUGUGUGUGUGUGUGUGUGUGUGUGUGUGUGUGUGUGUGUGUGUGUGUGUGUGUGUGUGUGUGUGUGUGUGUGUGUGUGUGUGUGUGUGUGUGUGUGUGUGUUUAUUGUGACCUCACCAUCAACACUUGAGAGUCAGAUCGGACUUUAAAAGAUGAAUGUUUACACUGACUCACACUGUUACAUCUCACUGAGAAAAUAUGUCUUAGUGUGUGUGUGUGUGUGUGUGUGUCACACCGCACAAAUGACUCAGCGACUCUGCACAAACAGUAGGAGGAGAAUUCAGAUUAACAUUGGCCAUUAACUGAAGUCAGUCGUUGGUUUUAUGACAAACACGCGCUCACAAACCGGCAAAUGCAAAGGUUAGAAGGACAAAUGCAACCACAACCACACAAACUUGUGUGGUUUCAGGUAGCCCCCCCCCCCCCCCCCCGGUUUUGUAAUAAGUUAUAAGUCACAAACACGAUGGCCUGAUAUCAACUCUGUUAAGGUCACCUGACUGGCCCCUCCCAGCAGGGCACAGUCGAUCUUAAGAAUGUGUUUUUAAAAGAGGAUAAGAAGCUGUUCAGUUAGAUCUCCUUGGGCUUAUUGUUCCAGAGAGAGGGGCAUCUGACACAGUCACAGUCAGUAUGUUUACUGGGUGGAGGUACAGUUAUAGCUCAAAUAGGUGAUUUAAUUCAUCUCCAGUCCUUGUCCCGAGCAAGAAUUGAUUAAUUGACAGAGGCAUAUCUGUAUCCACUAUGGUUGGCAGUGACAUGCUCCCAUUUGACUCUGUAUUCAGUGCAAUUUCAGCUGGACUAACAGCUUUACAUGUUUUUUAAAAGUCCAGUUGCAGUUGGACUGUUGCAAUAAAUAAAUUUUUUUGAACAUAUACUGUAGGUAUUGAAUUUUUUCUUUCCUGCUUGUCCAAAUUUCAAAAAGCAGGGAGUGCACUUCUAAUGAUUGAACUAUGAGCAGGUACUAGUAAGACUGGGGCAGCGUGUGUAACACCAAUAAGAACCCGAAUUAGAUGGUUUGCAUGUCAUUUAUCUAAUUUAACAAAGUGCAAAGACAAAGAACCAAAUAUAUGUGUUCAUAGACAGGACUGUUUCUGAAGUGGUUUUCAGGUCAUGCAGUGACCUCUACUACAGAGCUAUAGCUGAUUAUAUCGCAGCACCUCCUGUUUUCGAUAUUUGCACUGCUUUGACUGACUUCCCCUCUAUACAGCCCUGCUUUUACGACUUUACCUUAUCAUCCACCUAAACUGACCUUUAUUGGUGGACUGACAAAAACCUCCUCUUGAUCGCAGUCCUUACAGAGCUGCUGUUUGUGGGAAACAAAGACCAGAGCCUGCAUGUGUCAACUCUAAAGGAUAGUGAGGGCAGCAGGGACACAAAGUUCCUGCUCACGUUGUUGAUGAGUCACAAUACAACAACUUGAACUUUGGCCAAGACCCACCUACGGCUCAGGUGCUGCUGCACCUCUGAGCGAAAACACUGCGGUAGAAAAGACACAGUCCUGUUUGACGCCGAAACACUCAGUGAGGACAGCCAUUAAAGACGGUGCUCUCCUGUGGUCUGUGGUGGUGUGUUAUCAGGCUCUUGUGUGGAUUCAGAAGUUUUAAAAAGUUUUUUAAAAGUUUUUUCAGGUGUUCAUAAAAAGUCAUGGCUGAGUUUAAACCAAUGUAUGGUGUUUUUUCACAGCUCGACAUAGUCAUAUUGCCUGUGUAUGUAGUUAACCAUUAAUGAGAAGGAGAACUUUGUUUGGAUUAAAAUACCCCUCCUGGAUUUUGCACCUGCCUUUUUAUGAUGUUUGUGCUCCUGUUUAUUACUCUCAAUUAGCUGUAAUCUACAGCCACCCGCCUGCACACACCCAUUAAUUAACCGAUAUCAUCAGAUUAAUGCGACAAACAGACUCUGGCACCGUCUGACCUUUGUCCCCAUUGAGGUUUGAGAGCUUUAUUAGCAUCGUAGAUUCAAGUAUUAACAUGUUACAUUGCUGAUGUCGCAGACUGAAGGUGCAGAGGCUGAACUCUCCACAGUUAUUUCUGAAGCCAGACAGUAAAACUAAAAAUAAUACCCACCUGUGGCCUGGUUUGAUUAUCUGAAAUAUGAUUUCUGGGCCGCACUGACACACUGAGGGUGUGCUUUUUAAUAUAAAUGUUGCUGCAGUAUAUUGUAUAAGUGUUUGCAGGCUGUAUUGUGAGCGCAGAUCUUGAAAAACUGGUCUGACUGGAGCACCAACAGGCUUUACACCUCUCACUCAUGUCCUCCGCCUCCCUCUGUUUCUAUUCUUUUUCUCCUCCCUCCCCCGUGCCUCCCUUUUUUAAAAUUAAACUCCAGCCAUGCAGCAGCAGCAGCGUGGACAACCACAAAUCACCGCAGAGUCCUGCAUGCUCAUGAGGCGUUGUUUUCUCUUUUAGUGGGUGUGUGCACGUGCUCCUGGUUAAGUAUUUGACCCCAGUCGAUGCUCUGACACACACAGAGUUGAACAUAUGUUGAGGGGUGAUUAGCAUCUUUCCAAAUCUGCUCAUAUACCUUAAGCUGGCGACAGAGCCGAGGAGGUUUAACCUUUACUUGGAGUGUUAGAAGACGGAGUCACGCUGGUGUAAACCUGCAUACAUGUAGGACCAACACCAGAUUAGGGUUAGAGGAAUGUAGGAUUACGAAAGAGGCCACAGUGGGUCAAAUUUCUGGACAGUAAAAGUCACUUUGUUUACUUUCCAUUUGCGCAGAAAACCCGGAGGAGGUUUGUAGUGAGUCUCUGCUUCUAUUUCAGGAGCAAGUCGUCCUUGAACAAGCCAUCUGACCGCUGCUGCUUACUCAGCAGCUGAAGGUGGAGGUCUGUAGUUGUUUCGAGGUGUGAAUAAAUGUAGCUGGAUGGAUUUAAACCUGCGCAUCCACCGUCAACCUGUGAGUUAACCUUUCAGAGUAAAGACUGAAGAGACACGUCGACGUCGUCUUCACACACGAGAGAUGACAGAUGGAAGAGCUGUCCUCGUUAGGUCUAUAUGUUUUCACUUUCAGCUCAAGAAUGAGAUCUAUUUUUGAACAUUAAAGUGUGUUUGUGAAGCAGAUCAAGGCGAUUUAUGGUACAGGCUGCACACUGAACAUAGCACAUUUUUAUUCACGACUGGAUUAAACACGCUAACUUAAAGAACAUUUAGGCCUCUGAGACAUGACUCAUUUGUGCAUCGUCACUUUUCUUGAAAAUAUUCCUAUUUUCAGUGAAUUCAUGACAACUUUCACUCGUCUUUUCCCAGUGCUGAUGUUGACUCUGCAGCAUUGUCUCUUCAGUUGCAGAGAGAUGUUAUGAGAUUUCAGCUAAGUCUACUUUACUACCCUGACAGAUACCCCACCCCAUCACUCACCCAGCCGAGCUGUAAUAUCCAAGUCAAGUUUCUAAAAAUGGCUGCCCCCUAAAAUAGCACCAGGACCGAUAUAUCAGAGCAUGUAUGAUUGUAAACAUUCACUCUGUGAUGUUGUUGUCACCAUAAGGAGAAACUGCCCGUGCUUUAAACAUAGACAGCAGCUCUGAUCUGAUUUUCUUCAUUGAUUUAACUGUAAUAACUUCAUGGCACUCACUAUCAGGGCUGAAUUCUUGUUGCAGAUGUUAGCGCUGCCUUUUUCGUAUAUAACAUUAUUAUCUACAGUACUUACCUUAAAGCAAAAUGCAGGUGAAUUUGCAACAAGGCAUUUCAGAGAGGCUGAGUCUCUUAGAGGUGAAGAUGGGAAAGGAUUUACCAUUUUGUGUGAGCAGAGUGAGGAAACAGUUCCAGCAAUUCCAGGAUAAUGUUCCUGAGAGUGAAUUUGCAAACAGUUCAGGAUUUGAUCUCAAGUAUAUAUCAUUACAAGAUUAAGUGAACCAGGAAAACCUCUGUGCAAAAGAGGCAGAGGCGUUAAGUGAUGAAGGAUGGCUGUCAUCUUCAGGUCCACAGGCUGCACUGCAUUAAAAACAGUCAUGACUCUUUUGUGGGAGUCACAGCAUGGGCUCAAACUCGCACCAUAGCAUCCACAGAUGCAGAUUAAAGAGGAAACCGUGUAGGAACAUCAUGUAGGAAUUGAAAUUUAACACAUGGUCCCUGUACUCUCCCCUCUUUGUAGGAGAGGGACCACUCUGUUUUGUUUUCAAUGCAAAAUUCAGAAGCCUGCAUCAGCGGUGGUCUAGGGGUGCAGAGGUGUCCAUUGCAUGGGUAGUUUACAUCAUGCUCAAUGAUAUUUGUAGGUUUUAGAGCAUCACAUGCUGGCUUUAAGACAAUGACUUUUGUAGGGCACUAUGAUUUCCGCGUUUAUGGAAUCGGAGCCGGAAUCGUGGAAUUGGCCAUUAAAAGGUAAUCUACUGUUAAACGCGGAAUUUCGUGGAAAUUGGCAUAAGGAACGUUUGUCUAGGCAAGGGAAAUUUCCUGGGAAGGGGACUAUUGUGAAGUCCUCCACAUUAAAACCAUAGACUGUUUACAGAAUGGACGCUGUCUGCCUCCUCGCUGGAUGAAGCCUUUGCAAGAGCAGCACACCCUGGUGACGGGCUGCAGUAUAGGUCAUAAAUCCCACCUCCAUUAGCCAUUCUUAUGGAGCUGUGGACAAAGUUUAAAAAUUUAUUACACAGAAUAAACAUUUUUCUCCCCCCUGCUUGCGAUGUUGACAUGUAGUUACUGUUAGACUGGUUUGUGCUCAAGUCCUCUUUUUUUUUUUUUCUGUGCAGCUCCGUUUUCAAAAAUUAUUGGGGGGUUCACGUUUUCUAUGAUUGACACUUGAUACAGCCUAUGGGCUGUAGCUUUUUGGCUUCAAAUUCAUAUACUGGCAGAAGGCGGAGCCAAGUUGUCCAUAGUAUAUAUAGUCUAUAAUCUCUUUACUAACUCUCACCUGCCCCCUCCUUGAAUAAACAGCAUGUCGAAGCGGCUACCAGAGACACCGGCUACCUUCACGAACAAACUUAGAAACUCUUGCCUGUCUCCGGAGUACAGAGCCAAGCAAUAACCAAAUGACUUUUAUGUGUCAGGUAACAUGCUUUUUUGCAAAUUCAAUUGACAUAUCGUUGACUGGAAAUGCAAAAAUACGUGUGAUGAUCACCCGUAGUCUAAAACCCACAUGGAAAACAAAGAAAAACACUGUGCAAUUGAACCGUACAUUCAGUAAUUUCAUUUUACCCAACCAUUUAAAAGUGAUCAAUACUUUGUACUCAAAGCACUUAUUGGCAUUGUUAUGUUACAACAUUAUGCACUAAAAGUACUCACCCUAUGGUAGUAAAUAAGUGUAAAAGGUAAAAAACAGAAUCCAAAAAAAUUAAAAGGGAAAAAAAUGAAUUUGGAAAAAAAAAGGAUUUCAUGGGGCCCUGCUUUUUCAUGAGAAACACUUCCUAAAACAGAAGAUGUGCUCAUGUUACAACAGCAUGGCGCUGUAGUAGAAGAGUCCUGUAUUUCUGACUUUUCUCACGUUUAAAACACACCGAGAGACCCUGAACUGUUGAACAGUUAAAAUUCUAAUCAGGCAAGAAUGGGACAAUAUUUCACUUUAAAAAUUCCAGAAACUGGUCUCCUGUGUUCCUAAACCUACAUGUAAAAUGAGUUUAUUCUCUACAAACUGAAGUACUGUUGAAUUAAACUCAUGAUAUAAUUAAAUUAGACUUUGGAGUUUAUAAUCUGACACUGAAUAUACUAAUUAAGUCGUCUUUGUCAGACACAGCGAGCUCCCUGCACUGUCUUUGUUUGUCCUUUUUCCUUUGUCUCCCUGUUAUUUUACCACCUGUUCAGCUUUCAUCAGCCCAGUAUGUGUGUGUGUGUUUGUGUGUGUGUAUGAGUCUGGGGGGGAGGUGGGAGGAUGGAGGGAUGGAGGGAAGGAGAGAGGACAGUGUGGAUUAACUGUCCUGUGUUGUUGCUGCAGUUCACACAUUCCAGCAGGCCGAUUCAGGCCAGCUCACUCACUGUACCAACACAGAGGCCUCCUCCUGUACUCCCCUCCACCCCCCUCUGACUUGAAUUCCUCCAUCCUCCGGCUCUGCAACCUUCAUCUUAAUGUAAUAAACUCCCGCUGCCUGCCGACGUCCUUCUGCAGCCACCUUUCUCUGUACUUUCUCAAAGACACCCUGAUCCACUGAGAGCGAAUGCUGAAUGUGUAAUCAUGGCCAAAGUGGACAUGUCUCCUCCUUCAUAUGAUGUACUGCCUCCUAUAUCCACUGAUAAUGUGCUGUAAGAGACAUUGUUUUAACUCAUGACUGUACUGCCCUCUAGAGGACAAACAACGUAACUCACAAGGCUUUCAAAGAAGCAUCAUCUCCUCUUGUCCUGUCUUGUCUUGGUCUAUUUGAACUCUGUUUAGCUAUGAGUCUAAUGAGUUUUCAAGGAUUUUGAUCAAAGUUUUAAAGCAGAAUUACCCAACAUAACUUUUUUAAAACGUUCAAGUCCUCAAAUGUCGCUCCUUUUAUAAAUGUUAAUGCUUUUUGUCUCCCUUGUGGUCUUUUUCUUUAAAAAUCAGGGACGAGUGGAGGUGGAGGCUGGCAAUGAGAACAUGAAGUUCGAGACAGGACCUUUCUCCUUUUACGGGGUCAUGGCACUUAGUCCUUCCACACUGGGUGAGUCCAAAACCUCUCCUCACUUCCCUUCUCCUCUCCUCUUCUGCCACCUACUGGUGAAGGAUUGCACCUGAUGUGUAAAUUAAUAGAAUAUAGAAUAGAAUAGAAUAUUCCUUUAUUGAUCCCCCAUGGGGGAAAUUUUUUUAAAUAUUAUUUAUAUUAUUUAUUUAAUAUUGCACAUGAUGGGAUAAGUAUAAUAACGCAUGACACAUAGGUAAUUUUACACAUAAUAUUGUAGUUCAUUGCAUAUGAUUGACGGGUAUGACACCAUAUGAAAUGAUAAUUAUUGCACAGAAUAAUAUUCAGUCGCAAUUCUGUAGUCAAUUUAAAAAGUACAAAUAAUGUGUAUAUGGAGAUUAAGUGUUUUUCCAUGUGUUACAAUAAAAUUGUCAUUGCACUUGGAAUGAAAAGUAAUAACUCACAUGAUGUGCAAAUGUAUAAUGGCAAAUAAUACUUAAAGAUAUGUUACCCAUUUUCAGGGACUAGGAGGUAAUAUACAAUAUAUGAUGUUUAAUGCUCUUAAUCUGAAAAGUAUACAAUAAAUGCAUUUGAUGAUCAAUAUAUAGAUCCAUUUUUGGAUGACAUCUGCACAUAAUCUAAAAAUAUGCAACGAUGCGUAUGCAGAUGUGAGAGUAUUAAUGCACAUGAUACAUAAAUGUGUUUUUGCACACGAUUUGGAAAGUUUUAUUACCCAUGUUUAGAAACCCAUAGAUAUUGAGAGGUGCGGAGUUUUAUUUCACAUGAUCUGCAAGGGUUUUUUUUGCACAAUAUUCAACAUGUAGGUUCAUACUGAGAUGCAAUUCUGCACAAGCAGUUAAAACAAGGAAAUUAUUUGUGUGUAGAUAUAAAAAGUAUUAUUGCACAUGAGAAGAAUAGUAUUAUUUCACGUGUCAUGUAUCACAGAGGCAAAACUGCACAUUGUAACAUUAUCAUUUCACACAGUCUUGAAAGUCACGUUUUCCUGUAAAAAUGAACAUUAAAAGGCAACACUGCACAUAAUAUCAAAAGUUUUAUUGCACAGGAAAUUAAAAAAAAAAUUUGCACAUGAUCUGAAAAGUAUACAAAGAGCAUUACUGCCCAUUUUUAUUAAUAUGAAAGUUAGAUUUUUAGAGACAGUACUGCACAUGAUAUUAAAAGUGAGUUAUUACACAUGACAUAGUAUUAGUCUUGUGUAUUAUUAACCAUUGUAAUGAACACACAGGUCAAAACUGGGAGGCAACACCACUUUACACAUGAUAGAUCUUGCAUGAAAGUUUUUUUGCACAUGAUAUGAAAAUUAUUAUUACACAAUUCUUUACAUUUUGAUGUUGUUUCUGCUCACCUGUGAUAACCGCAUCACUGGAGGAGGACCCCACAGCUCUGCUUUGAGGGGCAGAUGUGGGACCGCCUUACAACAUUCAAUGAAUAAUGAUCUUUUUCAGUCGUAGUCUUUCGUUUUUGGUUUUGUCUCUGCCCUCGACCACUUACUUCUGCAGGUGAAAGAGAAAGAGAGGGAAAAGCCUGUGAGGCAGAGUUUAUUUUCACCCUUCUCACCAGCGUCUCCGUCAUCCUCCCAUUCAUCAAACUCCUGAUCAAUCAAACCUCCAGACCAGCUCAGUAACAACUGUCACACCUGAAAAUCUCAUGUGUAAUCUAACCUGUGAUGUAAAGCUGGAGGUCUCUGGGGUAUUGCAUGUCGUCCCCCUGCUGGACACGGAUCUGUCUCUCUGUCUCCUGCUGUGUCACUCACUUUCCCACCCUCCCUCCUCCUUUACUUCUCCUCCCCCUCCUCCCCCUUCUGUCCCGUCGAUCACCCUCUCCGUCCUUCCUCCCCUCUUCUCCUCUCAGAGGCUGCUCCUCGUCCUCGCCUCCUCUCCUUUAAGAGGUUUUCUCUGUUCUCUCGGUUGCCAGGUAAACUCCGGCAUGUCUGGGUCUUUUAACACCAAAAAGGGGUGGGACUUGGGGGGAAUCAUUGGGUGGGCGGGGCCUGGCUUUGAUUCGCCAGGUGUGGCUUUGACUUUUUAGGACAUUUUAUUUCUCAGAAAUCUGUUAAAAACCUAGUUACUCCUAAUCUUUGAAAGUUAAAAACUGCCAUCUAGAUGCUGCUUACUGGUAGAAACAAUGAAUCAUGAGAAGAUUUAUCAAAUUUAACUUUGACAAGACAACGAAUAAGACCAAGAUGAGGCAUCUUUUUGGUAGAUAAGCUCUUUGAUCAAACUUGCACCUGGUUUUACAGAGUCAAUAUUUCAUUUGGCUGAAUUUUCCAAAGCAGACGAGUGUGAGGCGGCACUGAGGAGGCGAUGAGUCCAUCUAUUACAAGCUUAUCGUGUAGGAGGAGGGUUUGUGUUUCUGUGUGGCAAGAAUUUAAAUCUUGUUUGUCACAAAGACAUUUUUCUGCUCAGGUUCAAACUGAAGGGAAAAUGAGAACUAGAGGGCUGCAUUAAAGGUGCAACCAGAUUAUUAAAGUUGUGAAGCCCAAGGAGGUGUCUGUCAAUGUGACUGUCAAAAACAGUAAAUCACUUUACGCUGAUGUCAGGAGACCUUCUCAGUACAAGGAUGUGAUAGGUGCGCUUAUUGUCAGGACAUAAAAACCACAGAAACUGAGAAUUCUGUUUUAUUAAAGCGUCUUUGCAAGUGUCUGUUAACUGGAAUCAAUGAGCACCAUGCAGCCAAUCAAAACUGAGUAGUCUGCCAUAUAGUGGAAUCAUACUGCUUAUCACAAUCAUUAAGUCUGUCAUUAACCAGCAGCAACCAGGGGGCACAGAAGAUAUUUUGAAGGGGUUUUAUUUGCCACUGUAUCAUUUGUCCAGUAGAGGGCACUCUCUGGUUUUUAUAUUAAAGGUGGACUGAGUCCACACCGCUACAGUAGCAAUUAACCAAUCAAUGCUCAGUGAUGAACCUGAGGAACAGAAGUCCACAAUUUUUGUGAAUAUUCAAGUUACAAAUGUUGAAUAACAUUGUCCACAUGUUAAUUCAAGUCCAUUUCACACAAUAAAAUCUGUACAAUCAAUGACCAGAGAAGGAAUAGGUUUAUUUCUGCCUAUUUUUAUAUACAGUGACUUAGAUAUUGGAGAUGGGUUUCAGGUCAAGAUCUGCCAGACUUCCAUCUUUUUAGAUGUUUUGUUGAAAUUUAGCUGUUAAAUAUCAGGGUUUGCUUUAUAUUUAUACAGACAAAUCCAAAAUAAAUUCUCCUUCUCCACUUAAAAAAAAAAUAAAAUAUACAAAGAAACUACCUUUGCAAUUUUAUUCUGUUGUGCUCAGAGGACCUUAGUAUAUCUGUGUCUCACAGAUUGCAAUAUGAGUAUUUGCAUUACACACAGCAAAGGUGUAACAGAAGACGCCUCUUUUUGUGCUGUUGCAAAAUCAGGAAGUUGAUAAAAGAGCUUAUUUAAUACAAAGAUUUAAUACACAGAUCCAUCAGGGUAUUUGGGGACAGAAAAUGAUCACAUGACAUCUCUGAGAAAAAAAAGUGAAGGGAAGGACGACAUUAUGUGACACCUGCUGGAUGGGUCUUAAAACUCCCCGAAAGAUUCAGCCGCUCAGACUUUACAGAGAGUGAUUUGGAUGCUUGUUAAUAGUUCCUAAAAGUUUCUCCUUUAUGAUAACUGUAAUAUAGAUAAGAUUUAAAAACGGGGGAAACUGAAGAGCUAUUUUAAUGCAGCUGUUUUAUUUUGGGGUACUGUAGUCCUGUCUUUCACUUUCAGAGCAGUUCGAACCUUAGUUUUUUAGACAAAAGGCAGAAACUAAUAAAAUAGUUUGUAGUCUUUUAGAGAAACAAAGUUUAAAAAAAUCACAACACAUGCAGCAAAUUGCUUUUCACAUUAUAAUCAUAAAUACCCAGCUCCACAUGUGACCCCGGCACCAUCUUAUGAGUGACAGCGUGAUAGUAACUGACUUAAUGAUCUUAUGAUGUGGGAUCUUGGAGGGGGUUUUCUGUGGAACUGGGUCCAUCAUUGUUCACUUUCAUUUUGAAAUACUAACCUCACUGUGAGCAGCAAAUCGGUUUGACCUAAAAACCUUCAGGGUUUUUUUUUCCAGGGAGAUCCAGCAGGUCAUGUUUUCUGUCAUUUCUGACUGUAGGGCUGUGGUUUUUACACAUAUAUUCAUAAUUACUACUAAAUGAUUCACGGCAAAUGGGAAUGACAGUUAUGAAUCACAAUGUUAAAUUUUACAGAAAAAGAGCCACUGAGUCAUGAUAAUGUGACAUUUAUUGUCUGUCCAAAACAUAACAGCAGACUACAGCAUUUCUGCAGCAGCUUACUUCAGAGUUUUGCGAUUUUCUGAGAUUUUCUGUAGGUUGUCCAUUCAAAAUGUUGUUGAUGAAUUUUGAGUCAACAAGAUUGAGAUAAAGAAAAGUGAGCUGCUGGACCUUGAACUUUAACAUCUUCAAUACUCGAAUAAUAAAGAUUGUCUCAUAACUAAGUGAAAUCUAACCACUAACUAGCAACCUAGCUGUAGAUAUCCAUAAUUAACUAGCUAGCUUAAUUCCAUGAAAGCUAACGCAGUUGACGUGUCCAGGUAAAACAGUUUCCUAUGACUCACUGAGGCCUCCUGCUGGACGACUCACACUCACCGGUAAUAAUACACAGCUGGUAACGAGCAUGAGUGUGUGUUUUUGUGUUUGUGUGUGUGUGUGUAACAGUUUGAGAGUCUGGUUUUACUGGAAUAGCAUGUCUCUAUAAAAACUCAACCAAACUAUCAGCUGGAUGACACCUAAGGAUGUUAGUCAUCAUGGUUUCAGUAUUUUGGAGCAGAGGUGGAAAAUAACCAGCUGAAGGAAGAUGUGUAAGCUGAAUUAAGUGUUCCUGAUAUCAGUGAAGUGUCAGCAAUCAUGACUCAGAUGGAUCACACCUAAAGACUUUAUCUGGUUAGAAGAAAGACUGUGGGUUUAUUCAACAAAGGAGUACUUUUUAAGGAUGUGGUCCAACUUAAAAACUACUGAAAUUUAAAAAUAGAAGUUCUUUCAAGAAAAAAGAAAACUUAUGAGGUCCAUUAUUUAUCACCCUGGGCCCUGGCAAAGUUUUUGCAGAUCCUUGAAUGUCCUUGAAUCCUUGCAGUCUUGAAAAGUUUUAAAUUAGUUUUAAAAUCUAAAGUCAUACAAUGUCUUAAAAGUCUUGUACAUUUUUGAUUGUGCUUAGACUGAUAUUUGUCUUAAAAUUUGGGACACAUGCUCCAUGUAGUCGGCUUGUAUCUUUUUUUAAGGAUAUGAUUGUCUACAAAAUACAGAAUAUUAAGUAAGUAUUCAAAAACCAUAAACAGAAGGAGAAGAAGAAGGGAAAAAAGGAAGCUCUCAAAAUUUGGUUGUGGAGUUUCUGUGUUAAUCAUCAUUUUCUCUGCUGUCUUUUUCUUCAUGAGGGUCUCAAUAAAGUCUUUUAUUUGAAAUUUAAAAGUGUGCAGCAAACCUGCAUAAAUCAACAUAAAAAUAGAAAAUCAUCUGAUACAUUUUGUCCAGAUUAUUCAUAAAUUGUGAACAAUAGGGGACCUAAUAAGGAGCCCUGCUGCACACCUUGAUGGGUGGUUAUAAUAUCAGAGCAUAGACCAUUGUGCCUAAUGCACUAAGACCAAUCAUUAAGAUAAUUAGAGACCAUCACCUGCAUCUUUAGAGUCCAGUCUGUGCUUUAAUAGCUCAUAGACGACUGCGUUGAAGCUUUAGACAAAUCAGGUAAGAGACUGUUAACAGGUUUUUAACUUUCUCGUCUUUUUGAAAUCUAACUUGGUUUAUAAACGAGAUAAAUUAAACAACUGUGCCUACAUGAGGAACAUCAUAACAUUUAAGGGAUAAUGAUGUAUUUUAAUGUCUGCUUUUCCACAUCUGUUGAUAAGAUUUGUCUGCAUCCUGCUCUGUCCAACACAGUCGACACAACGCUCUUGAUUUUGUAAUGGCAUGUGAAUGAUGAAUUUUGGACAGUGUGAGGUAUCUUUGUAAACACAAAUUGAGUCACUGCUUGUAAUGCUGUUGGAAAAUUUUAUGUUUCACCACCUUUGGGUGUGAGGAAGGCACCACGUUGCUGCUGUGAUAGUGAAACAAAGGGUAUGUACAGCACACUGUAGAUGGUCAUGAGUUUGUCUGUAAUGACUGAACUUUAACUCUAAUAACCUUUAUAUUUACUGUAGCUCCCUCUGCGUCUGCUACUCUCACAGAUUUGAAUUUCAUUUUUUUGUUACAUUGUGAAUCCAUUCGUCACUAAUUUUUCAUCCAUCUCAUUAAUAUUAACCUGCAUUUGACCUACACUGCACCUUGUGUGGCUGAAGUCUUCCAUUGAUCCAUGUUUGUCUCACAGAGCCAUUAAAUCACUGAUGGCUUUGUAAGAAUCACCCAGACUGCAGCCCUCUGUAGUGAUCAAUAUUGUGUCCUAUCACAUAUUGAUGGCUUUAAAUGCUAUCAGGAGCUGUUAUGAACCUAUUGUGUUUAUUUGUGCACGUCUGCAGAGUUUCGUUCGCCAUCCCACCUCAGCGGGUUGAACCGGGCGGCGUCCCUGAGCGGAGCCGACAGGACGGAGUCACUCUCUGUCAGCGGCAGCAACAGCCAGCUCAACAAUAGCAUCCCAAUGCAGCAGUACACACCGGACUUCUACGUCAGAGCGCUCACAGACCUGCAGUUUGUCAAGGUGGGUAUUAAGUUAAAGCUCAUGACCAGUUCAUGAACCAAAAUCAAAUCAAAAUUUCAAACUUAUGUUAAAAAACAAAGUAUUGCAAAAGCCAAAAAUGUGAUGGAACUAUCGCGAGUCAUUGUGUUGUCAUGUAUCUCCUCUCACUCAUUACUUUAACGCUCUUUUUUUCCUUCAGAUCACACGGGCUCAGUACCAGAACGGGCUGAUAGCAUCCCGUCUGGACAGCACACCUCAGUCCCCAGAGAGCGGCCACAACACGGCCCGUCUAGAUCCCAUCACUCCCCCCUCCACCACCACCAACAUCCCCAUCACGGACCUGGGAGCCGACUCCACUCCGAUGGAAAACGGGCCGGACGAGACAACGCUCCUCCUCCUGAACGAGCAGAACUCUCCGCACACAGCAAACCACCACAGCCAGAUGGAGAACAGCAUCUGACACCUCCCCCCAUACGUGUUUCUGCUACGUUUGCACGCAUGCACUACUACGCCGAAUGUAUGCUGAGGAGGGGAGGAGUAUGUGUGUGUGAGUCAGUGUGUGUGGGUGAGAGGGGGAUAGGGAUACAUGCUUUUGCACAGCAGGCAAAGCAUACAGAGACAAGCCAUGUGCAUGCAUGUUCUGUAAAUAUGCAAGAACUUCAUACAGAAAGAUAUGCCAAAGUGUUUGUUUCCCAUCAUAAACAAACACAACACUUAUCUACGAGUGAAAGGAGUAUCUCUGUGUGUGUGUGUGUGUGUGUGUGUGUGUGUGUGUGUGUGUGUGUGUGUGUGUGUGUGUGUGUGUGUGUGUGUGUGUUUGUAUAUGUGUGUGUGUGUGUGUGUGUGUGUCUGCACGUGCUCCUUAUUGUAUUAACUGUCAACAAACAUCUGAAGGACCAGAAAGCUCCUCCUUUCUCUCUCGCCCAUCAACAUUUCCUGCAGCCUACGAGUUUCCUCCUCUUUCUGUAUGCCUGUGUGUGUGUGUGUGUGUGUGUGUGUGGGUGUGGGUGUGGGUGUGGGUGUGUGUGUUUUUAAAUGUGUGUGUGUGUGUGUGUUGCUCCCCAUUUCUUGUCCCUACUCAGAGACUCAGGGAGACCCCGCCUUCCCCCAUCCCCAAACCUGUGUGCCGCAUGUGUAGCAGCCUGUGCCCCCUCCUCAACAUCCAUACACCUAGAAGACAAAGAUGACCUGAGCAUGUCCGCGGAGUUCAAACAAAGUAAUAUAUGUUCCUUUAAAAUCUAUAACCAGAUAUUUAUUGAUGAAUUCUGUGCCAGACGGACCCACUUUAGAUUCCUACUGACUCUUUUUUUCUCCGUGUAGGGAAUUGUGGGAAGGGUUUGGUGUGGAUUAAUUAGAUGAUAUUAGUUUAUUUCUCUUCUUGUUUCCUGAUUAGCCCGGAGCCUUUAUCCCAGAGCUGUUAAUAGGUUGAGCAGUGAUAGACAGCCUGUCUGUACCGUGAUUAAGACAAUCAGUCCGAUCGUAAUGAAUGUGUAAAACCAAAUGUGUAGGGUACGUACACUGUCGUCGUCCCUCUUCCCUCUGUGAUCAACUGUUUCAGAUAAAUCCUGUAAGAAUGAGUCACUCAAAGGUUGUAGGUGUUUGCUUACUUCAUAAAAGAGGGUGGGUCAUGUAUGUGUGUGUGUGUGCGCACGUGUGUGUCUUUGUGACCAAAAUAGCCGUCACCAAAGCUGACGGCAGCAUAAACCAAAAGAGGGAAGCUUUAUCACAUUCUGAUUAGAAAAUCUGCGACUUUUAUUUAUUGAGUUCUGUAUGUGUACAUAUCUUUGUUGAUAUUGUCAAAUAUUGGAGAGGAAAUGUAAUUUUUUUUUUGUCGCAUUGUGUGAUUUUACCCCUUCAAUGAUCUUUUGCAUUUAUUGAUUAUUUUUUGGGUGUCUUUUUGCUCUUUUUUAAAAUUCAUCAGAAGGGGGUCACUGUCUCGCCACAGAGUAUUAGGGCCAUUAAAGUUUAAGCGUAUGAAAAGAAACUCGUACAUUCACUUGAUUAGUUACAAAUUUACUUGAAAGUUACAAAUGUACAGUGGUAAGCUCAUAAAGUUAUGAGAGUAAAGUUUUUAUUUGACAAAAGUUAAAGCUGAAGUCUGAAAUUUACAAACUUAAAGCUCCCGUGAGGAGUUGUUUUGACAUUUUUGAAACAGACUGUAAUUCAUACUGAUGAUUUUUAUUAAUUUCCUAAAGAAAACAAGACCAUCACUGACAAGUCUGGGGAACAUUUUAUAGUAAUUCUUUAUGCCAAACUGGUGUGGGAGGAUAAGGUUACUCAAGCCCACAUGUAGAUUAACCAAAGCCAUAAAUUAUGACUUAACAGAGUUUCAACCUUUAUCUCAUAAAUUAAGAGUCAAUGUUAGAGGUUUUUAUCAUAAAUUUACGUCACCUUCUUAAAUUACAACUUAAUCUUAUCAGUUUACAAACAAAUUAUCUUUAAUCUACAACUUGAUCCUGUAAAUUCCUGACUUUAAUCUCGCAGAUUUACAGUGUUAUUCUUGUAAAUUUAUAAUCCUGUAAAUUCAUGUCUGUAAUGUUGCCAAUUUACAACUUUCUUCUCAUUAAUUAAUGGCUUUUCUCGAGGAUUUUGUCACAUCCGUUUACAGCUUCAUUCUUGUAGAUUUAUUACUUUUCUUUUAACCCCUUCGCUCUUGUAAACAUACGACUCUAUUCCCAGAGUUUGGGGACUUUUUCUUUUAUAUGACAACUCUCAUAAAGUAAUGACUUUACAACAUUACUCUGGUAAAUUUAGGAUUUUAUAUUGUAAAUUAACAGUUUUAAUCCCAUAAAUGUAUAACUUCACCAUGGAAAAGUUACCACUUUUCUCAUUCUGGUGUUACUCCUGUAAAAUCUUAACUUUAUUUCUGUAAUUUUGGGACGUUCUCUGUCAUGACUUUACUCUCAUAAAUUUACAGCUUCAGUCCUUAAGGUUUGACUUAAUUCGAGUUAAUGCUCGAUUUAAGACUGUUCUCAAAUCUGUUUUUUUUUUUCACUUGACUUGGCCUUAAUCCUCUGUUGUACUAUCAAAUUGAACUUAAUUUUUUUUUGUUUGUUGUGUCUCUGCAGCCAAGCAUACCGUUUAUCCAGGUGUCAGCCAAUUUAAUGGGAAACAAUUUUGUACAUUUUCAGAUUAUCACAACCUUUUUUUUUUUGGUUUCACAGAAAUGCAUGCACUCCAGUUAUAUUUUACUGUAAGCUUUGGAGAGAUCUAAAAGGGUAAUCAGUCCUAAAACUCAGAAACUUUGAUACUUGUGACGUUUCUUCAUAUGAUUUCUCGUGGAGCCAUGGUGGUGUUUUAGUUUUCGUUUUUUGUGAUGUACAACAACAAAAGUGAAUCACACAUUAAGAUUUUGUCCCACAAACAAAAGAGAAACAGCUGCUUUGUGUGGGACACCCAGUGUAGGGACUGAUUCCUAUGCUAACACUAACUUCAUGCUCCAGAGUGCAUUGCUGCCACAUGAAAAAAUGAAUUAUUUAGUAAAAAAUAACAUAUCUCAACAUAUUUUCUGUUCUGCAUUGCUAUCGGUACAACGUAAAUCCAAAAUAAAUUCAAGGAGUUCUUAUCUGCUUCCCAAACUCUGUCAAAAGGGAUUCUGGGAAAUGGUAGUGCAUAGAUGUAGGGAGGUUGUAGAGCCAAAAAAAUUAAAUUUGAACAGAAGCAUCAGUUAUUAUGACUGACUGUUUUUUAGAUGUUAAUUUAGAUGUUUUCUUCAAAGUCCCUGUGUUCCUUAGAAAAACACUACGUCUUCCACACUAACUCAUUCACAAGCUACUAAAUCACCGAUCCUCAAAGAAACAGUCUGUGUGAAAGCAGAACUACUAAGGACCUGUAUUUACUUCAUAGAUGAGGGCAUCCUCCUGUCAUUAACUUGGAAAAUUUUGUAGCACUUUUAUUUUUGUUUUUCAGUAGAAUCUGAAACCACCACCAGCUGACUCCUUUCUGGUUUUUCACACGAACUAAGGAUGACUUGGUCUUUUGAGAUUUGUCACACGAGAGGAACUUAACUGUCACAGCCAUUCUGGAAAAAAACAAGGAUGUAUUUUUAAAUCAAAGAAAAAUCUGCAUCAACACAUGAGAGACAAUCAGUGAUGGAGGGCAGCACCUCCUACAAGUCCUACAAAUGUUUGAGCUGGAUUUGAUACUUGGUCAGUUAAAUUAUUCAGUUAUUUUGCAUUCAGUCUGUUAAAUUGACAUUUAGUCAUUUGAUUCAAACCUAAAAUUGGAAAACAAGUAUGGAAAAAAAGUGAAAUCACAGCAGGCUAGGUUUAGGUUGUUUAGGUUAUCACAUUAAUUCAGCCAAGAAUGCAAAUUUGAAUAUCAGCCUAGGCUGGCAUACGAGUGAUGGGUUAGUGAAGCACAAGGGCCUCCAAAAGUCAGAUUUCUAUGAUCUUAAUAUGAAUUCUGAGAUGAAGUUCAUACUUGUGAAAUCAAGUCAGAAUUUUGUAACUAGGGUCAGACUUUUAAGAUUAAAGUCAGAAUUCUGAGAUAAAUCUCUUAAUCUUAGUGAUGUCUGGUUUUAGUCAGAAUGUGGUAAAAUAAGAUGAAAUCCUGAAUUUGAGUCGGAAUUACAAGAAUUUCAAAAAAGGUAAGAAUUCGAUCAAAAGUCAGAAUUUUAUGAUUAAAGUCAGAUCUUUAAAUAAAAGACAGAGUUCUGAUAUUAUUUCCAAAGUUAAUCUCAGAAUACAGGGAUGAUAGAAUGGUAUGAAUUGGUCAAAAUACUGUCAUUAAAAUUUAAGUUCUGAAUUUGAAGUCAAAGAAAAAGGUUUGAGAAAGUAAAAAUUCUGGGAAAAUAGGUCAAAAUUCAGAGUAAAAAGCCACAGUUCUAGAAUUCAGAACUCAAAUUCAAAAAAAUUUCUUUCUAAAAAGAAAAAAAUAGAAAGAUUAGAUGGAAUUUAUUUUCCUUCUCUGACUACAGAGAUUCAAAUAAAACCUUAGCUCCAAAUUUUAGAUAAAGCAGCACCUAUAUUGUACUUUAUAAAUAUAGUCAGUUUUUUUUUCUUAUAUGAGAACUCUGUUUAUGAGAAAAAGAGCUCAUCAGCUGCUGUUAUUAGAAACAAAAGCACUUCAUGAAAGAUACAAGUGUUUUCCCAGAAAAAGCCACAGAUUUGCCAAAGUUGUUGGCUCAGUGGUUGUGUUGUAAUAUCCCUAUUGAGCAGGAUUUCAAAAUCAGAUCUCCUGUGGCUCUUAAACAUGACACUGCUGUCUCUCUCUCUCUCUUUCUCUCUCUCUCCCUCUCUCUCUCUCUCACUAAUAAUGAAAAGAGGAACUCACAGACUCCAGGUUGUUUUCAUGCUCAUUCCUAAUUUGAUUCACACACACUCCUAUUUCAAAUGACUGUUUUUGUUGGUUGUUGUUCAUGUGUGUGCCUGUGCUUAUGUUGGAGGACCCCCCCCCCCCACACACACACACACACACACACACACACACACACUCACACUUGUUUUAAAUUGUUCUGGGUUUGGGCUCAUCAUGUAUGUGUGUGUUUUAGUGUGAAUGUCAGUGGAUCAAGUCUGUUUCUUGUUUUUGUACCUCAGAACAGAACACUGUCAGUAAUUGUGGGAAACAAAAAUCUUUUUUUAUUUGUUCUUGAGUUUGAUUUGGGAUCAGAGCGAAUGGGGCGAUCGAUGUCGAGUUUUAGGGGGAAGAAAGUGAUCGUCCUUCAUUCGCUCUGGCAUGCUUUAAGUUAAAAUAUUUCAACAGAGAACCAAGGUGUAAAUACUGUUUUAUAAUUUCUGUCUUAAUGAGUUUUGAAGACAAAGAAGUUAUUAAUAAACCUGAGAUAUAUUUCUCUAUGGAUCUUU